AUUUUAGUCGCUGCCUUGAUUUGAAAUAGCGGCGGUAGGAGCGCGUGCGGCAGUCGCGUGCGGUGGAGAUGAGUGUCUCGUGCCGCGAUGCUGGAGAGGAAAGUUCACUUGCACGAGAUGAAUCCUGCCAACGGCACGCGCAGUGCGGAAGGCGACGUGUUUACUGUGGGUACUUACAAACUUUUAGCGUUUAUUAUCGGGACUAUUGGAAUUUUAGGCUUCUGCAACAACGCGGUCGUGAUUAUUCUUUACUGUCGGUUUAAAAGUAUGCGGACACCCACCAACUUAUUACUGGUCAACAUAGGUUUAAGCGACUUUUUGGUUUCUGUCCUCGGAAUCAACUUCACGUUCGCCUCGUGCGUGAAUGGAGGAUGGAUGUGGAGCCGGGCGAUGUGCGUGUGGGACGGAUUCAGUAACAGCUUAUUUGGCAUCGUCUCCAUCAUGACUCUGGCAGCUCUGGCCUAUGAGCGCUACAUCCGUGUGGUCCAUGCCCAGGUGGUGGACUUCCCCUGGGUAUGGAGAGCCAUUGGCCACAUCUGGCUGUACUCUCUAGCCUGGACAGGAGCUCCUCUGCUGGGGUGGAACCGCUAUACCCUAGAGAUCCAUCAGCUGGGCUGCUCCCUAGAUUGGGCAUCUAAGGACCCAAACGAUGCUUCCUUCAUCCUCUUAUUUCUUCUGGCCUGUUUCUUUGUGCCUGUGGGCAUUAUGAUCUACUGCUACGGGAACCUCCUAUAUGCUGUGAGAAUGCUGCGAUCCAUUCAGGACCUCCAGGCGGUACAGAUCAUUAAGCUCUUGCAGUAUGAGAAGAAGGUUGCUGUUAUGUUUCUUCUGAUGAUCGCCUGCUUCCUUCUGUGUUGGACGCCCUAUGCUGUAGUGUCCAUGAUGGAGGCCUUCGGCAGGGAGAGCAUGGUGUCUCCCGCAGUGGCCAUUAUCCCCUCAUUCUUUGCCAAAUCCAGCACAGCCUACAAUCUCCUCAUCUACGUCUUCAUGAGCAGAAAGUUCCGCCGCUGUUUGCUGCAGCUGCUCGGUUCACGACACUCUUGGCUACAGCACAGUCUCAAAGAGUGCCCCCCAGCCUCAAGCCAGCACCCCAUCCGUCCGAUAGUGGUUUCCAGCAAGUGUAGAAGCAGGGACCGGCCCAAAAAGAGGGUGACCUUCAGCUCCUCCUCCAUCGUCUUCAUUAUCGCCAAUGAUGACAUGCAAAACCUAGACAUGACCUCCAGUGCUAGUCGCACCAUGAAGGUCAAUGUUUUUCAAGUGAAACCACUGUGAUGGACACCUCGUGGAUCGGACUUUUAAUCACAGCACUUAGUAUGCCUUAGAACCUGAUAAGCCAAAAUAUUUGUUUGACAUCCCAGGAUGUUAGAUCUAAGGAUGAGGCCAAUCCGAUCCAGUAUCAGUAUAGGCUUCCGAUAUCAUAGUAAUUCAAGUAUCACAAAUUUCUGAUACAACCUGCGGCAUUUUCCAGUACCGGAGAGGAGCCACAUCUUUGAAACAUCUCAAGUGCUGCUGGCUCUCUGCUGUUUGCUACUGAGUGUGAGGAGAGGAGAGGGGAGGCAGAAGUUUCUGAACUGAAGCCAAGCUGUUUGAGAGAGGUCUCUUCCACAGUUGAGGAGCAGGGUGCAAGCCACGGGUUGCGGCAAAUUUCCGCCCAGCUCUCAGGUUCAAAUUGGCUGUGCCACCGAGCACGGAUUUUCCAAAACAAUGAAUUGUUGCUGAAAAGUCAGCCACUUCAGCAUCCCAAGGCUGUGAAAUGGCAGCUCACAGUGCAGCUGAGUUUCUAUCAGCUGAAAGGGGGGAAAAAAAUUCCAUCAAAAUCCUUCAGUAUUAAUCCAGAGUUCCUCUAGGACACAUAACUGAUGAUACAUUUCGAAAUUCACGAUUUAUUUUACAGUUGAAAGGCUUUGUGUUUCCACAACGUUCGCAGGAAAACAGCAAGCGAGUGAGCGAGCGAGAAGGAGAGAGAGUGAGUGUGCGAGAAGGAGAGGAGAGAGAACAUGUGCGUGAGAGA